AUGGCAAUGGAGAUGUGGUCGAAUCUCGGGACGCUCACGGCAACCAUAUUUUUCGUGGCAACAAUGGCCAGGAAUUACCUCCCUCGCGAACUCUACGAAUAUUUCAGAGAACCACUGCGCAGGCUUGCCCGAUAUCUGUCUCCAUACAUCAUUUUAGUGAUUGAGGAGAACGAAGGCAUCAAGAUCAACGAUCUUUACGAAUCGGUGCAGAUUUAUUUGAGGACGCUAUCCUCUUCCGCCGCCGCCAGAUUGAAGCUCAGCAAACCCCAAAAAGCCACGGCUUUUACCUUCACCAUGGACAAGGGCCAACAAAUCAUGGACGAAUUUCAGGGCUUCAAAGCCUGGUGGACUCUCCGCAGCAGAGAAUGCAAGCCACCUCUGUUUUCCAGAUAUAACACCUCUGACGAGAAGCGCCACUUUGAGCUGAAAUUCCACAAGAAGGACAAAGCCAGGGUUUUUGAAACCUAUCUUCCGCAUGUAAUUGCGGAGGCCAAAAUCUUGGUGUUGAAAAACCGGCAGCGGAAGAUUUACACCAACAAACGGGGUAAAUCGCACUCGUAG